CGGAACCGGUCUCCAGGUUGCUGCACCCUAUUGGGCUCCGGUCUGUACCUUUGUCACGCCUCAAUCUCAGGGUUCGCGUAGAUCUUAGACACUAGUUUAGCUGCGCGCUGCUCUGUGUACUUCCACGGGAAUUACAAGCCACCAGUUUUGAAAACCUUUGACAAUUUAAAGAAGUAUUUGCUAAACUGCUGUUGCUAAAAAGAGGUGCUCAGAUGGAUUGUGCAGAAAAGCAGAAGGGCUGUAUGCGGGUGCUGGUGACUGGAAGCACAGGCCUGGUGGGCAAGGCAAUAGAGCGCGUUGUCAACGAGGAGGAAGGAAGUAAGGAGGCGGAGCAGUGGGUCUUCCUCUCCUCCAAGGAUGCCAACCUCAUGGACUUCCAGGAGACGCUGGCUGUUUUCCAGAAGCACAAGCCUACCCAUGUCAUCCACCUGGCUGCCAUGGUUGGUGGCCUCUACAAAAACAUGAAGGCCAACCUGGACUUUUGGAGGAACAAUCUCUACAUAAACGACAACGUACUGCAGGCAGCCCACGAGGUGGGCGUGGUCAAGGUGGUGUCCUGCCUCUCCACCUGCAUCUUCCCUGAUAAGACCACAUACCCCAUCGACGAAACCAUGAUCCAUAACGGGCCUCCUCAUCCAUCCAACUUUGGGUAUUCCUACGCAAAGAGAAUGAUCGAUGUCCACAACUGUGCGCAUGCAGAGAAGUACGGGAGUCGCUACACAGCAGUUAUCCCAACGAAUGUGUUUGGUCCCCAUGACAACUUCAGCAUCGAGGAUGGACAUGUAUUGCCAGGCCUCAUACACAAGGCCUUUAUAGCACAACAGGAAGGGAGCCCAUUGACAGUGUGGGGCUCAGGCAGUCCCAGAAGGCAGUUCAUUUACUCUUUAGAUUUGGCCCGUCUUUUUCUGUGGGUUCUGAGAGAAUACAAAGAAGUGAACCCAAUCAUAUUAUCUGUUGAUGAGGAGGAUGAGCUGUCUAUCAAGGAAGCAGCCGAGUCCGUUGUCCAAGCCCUGGGGUUCAAGGGAGAAGUAGUUUUUGACACCAGUAAAUCAGACGGUCAGUUCAAGAAGACAGCCAGCAAUGCCAAGCUGCGACGCUACCUGCCCGACGUCAAGUUUACGCCCUUCAAUCAAGCUUUGAAGGAGACAUGUGACUGGUUUGUAGCCAAUUACGACACAGCUCGUAAGUGACGGUGAACACUGCCAAGUUGGGUACUGUAGAAAGGCAGAACGUAUGAGGAUUGUUUGUACUAGGUAACACUUUAGAAUAAUAGUCUGUUGUUAACAAGUAGCUAUGCAGGAAGUAAUAGGUAGUUCUACAUUAACACCGAAUUUAAUGCUAUUAACUAAUAUGGAACCAAGAUUAACUAAGCAGUAAGUAAUAGCUAAUUUACAACAAAGGUAGUUCCUUGGUAGGUAUUUGGUUAUUACUAAAUAAAUGUAUCCUCUUGAGAACUACUUGUGAACUAUUACCAAUUAAGAAAGAAUAACCAAUUAAUUACUAAUCACAAAAGUAACAUGUCUAAAAAGUGAACAAUUUGGUUGUUUUACUCUGAACAUGGUCAUAACUUUUCAGAAGCUUGUGCCUCAAAUGGGUUCUUUGUGGAAACCAGUUUAUGAAUAUUAUAUCCCCUCAGAUACGUUAGCUACAGGUUGAGAUUGUGACUAUUUUUAAUAAUUAGGAAGUGAUGCUGACACUCAUGAUUGGAUUCGUUUACUAUUAUGAGCUCUUGAGUGUCAGUUAAAUGUCUCUGACUCCAAACACCUACCUUUAUGUUACAGUAGUCGCCUGAGGAGGACUUCUCUUUAGGAUAUGAAUAUAAACAUUGAUGUUCUCUUGUCAAAAAAAAUUUGCAUCCUGCAUUUAUGUUGCGAUAAGCGCAAAACCACAUCUUCCAGAUUACAAUGUUUGUUAGAAUAUCACUAGUGCCUCACAUAAAUGUAUGUCUGUACCGUAUGUGUCAAAUAUAAAAUUCGACUUAUUAUAGGCCUAUUACUUAUGAAAACCAGUAUAACUCCUCACUAAUUACUCAAGCGUUACCUUGUCAUCAUGCAGUAACUACUUGUGAUGUGGACCAUUAUUUUAAAGUGACAAACAUGUUAACUCCUCACUAAUUACUCAAGAGUUACCUUGUCAUGCCGCAGUAACUGUAAUCUGGACCAUUAUUUCAAAGUGAAAAACAUGUUAACACCUCACUAACAUGUCAUCACGCAAGAUCUACAACAUAAAACAACUGCAGUGAUUGGAUAACAUUUUUUUUUAUUAUUAUAUGCACUGGAAGAUUUCCAUGAAAUCGUAAAAGAAAAUAAUACAUAAUGCAAAAAUGCACAUGGGCAUGCAAAAAUAAAACAUUUUGUAAAA